CAGCGACUUGACCAAUGAGUUAAGAGACAUUGUAAAUGAGCUGAGGCGCUCAUGUAGUAAGAUCAUUCUCGUUCAGCGGCAACCAGAUAGGUAUAUUGCAGAACCUGGGUGAUACGCACGACUGGGUUGAAAAUUAUUGAAGGAAACAUUCGCUUUUUUUUAUUGUCGGUACCAUUGACCAAAUCUUGAUGGCUGUUUUGAUCGCAAAAUAAAACGUUUUGUUGCGACAUUCACAUGUGUUCUUUUUGACACGACAAGCGGAUAUUUUACACUUCCCCGGAGUCAGAGAGAAGACGAGGCGCUCAAAAUGAAGUACAAAAACCUGAUGGCCAAGGCGUUAUACGACAACGUCCCAGAGUCCCCGGAGGAGCUGGCCUUCCGGAAAGGGGACAUCUUAACAAUCAUUGAGCAGAACACAGGUGGCCUGGAGGGGUGGUGGCUCUGCUCGCUACACGGACGCCAGGGCAUCGCCCCGGGCAACCGCCUCAAGCUGCUGAUUGGUCCAAUGUUCGACGCCCAGUCCCCUAUCGCCCAAUCAUCACCUAUAGGCUCGGCCUACCAGCAGAAGGCCGUGUCAUCGUCCCAGGGGCUGUACCAGGUGCCCCCGUCCCUCCAGAGCCCGGGGCAGCAAGGGAUCUACCAGGUACCCCUGGGACAAGAUGUGUACCAGGUCCCCCCUCAGAGGAAUGCCCUGGCUGCAGACAACACCCCCAGCACGGUGGUGACCCCGACAGGAGUGGGACAGUCCUAUGCCUACAGCGCUGGUCAGCAUAACCAACAGGACCUCUAUGACGUUCCUCCAAUGAGACCACAGGGGGUGUAUGACAUUCCUCCUGGGAAACUGAUGGGCUCACACUCUCCCGGACAACAUGGGAAUGCUCGUCCCCAAGGAGGAAUCUAUGAUAUUCCUCCAUCCACUCAAAUGGACCCUCGGAAACAAGGGGUUUACGAUAUCCCUCCCUCCACACAAGGGGUGUACUCUGUGCCUCCCUGCUGGAACACCCCAGCCCUCCAGGAGGGGAACUACGAUUUCCCCCAGCCUCUCAAACAACACAAACAACAGGAGGGCAUCUACGACGUACCCCCUCCCACCUUUACCAAGCCCUCAGCCUCCCUGUCCCCCCAGUCCAACUAUGACUUCCCCCCCAGUUCCCAGCCAAUUGGCCCCCACCACCUCCAACGCCCCGUUGCCAAUGACAACGAGGGAAUCUACGACGUGCCGCCCCCCUCCCACCAGCUCUCUGGGGCGGUGCCUCGGGGGGACCUGUAUGACAUCCCCAGGGGGAUGCAGCAGCCCCCCUCCCAGCACCGCUCCACCCCCCAGGAGAGGGACAGGGGGAAGGGCCAAGGCGUAUAUGACAUCCCCCCUGCUCUGGGGGACGUGACAGAUGGGGUGAAUCGCCUGUCCUUCUCCAGUACGGGCUCCACACACAGUUCCAUGUCAACCUCCUCCACCUCCACGGUCUCCAGCGCUGAGGGCCGGCUGGCCCUGGAUGUGGACCAGGCCGUCCAGAGGCUGUGCCGCCAGCAGCAGGCGGUAGAGGCCUCAGUCGGGGCCCUGCAGAGCCUGGCCUCUUCCCCCCACUGGAGGACUUACCCUUUCAUGGAGCGCCAUACCAACGAGGUGCGCACCGUGCUAGACCGGGUGCGGGCAGCCCUGGGAGACUUUGUGGUGUUUGGGAGGGGUGCUGCGGCCAACGCCACUGCCCUGUCAGACCCCAGCCUGCACAGUAAGCUAAGGAGGCAGCUGGGGAGGCUGGAGGACUCCCAGCAGAUCAUCCUGCAGACCUACCAGAGCCUGGAGAACUGCGGCUGGGCCCUCAACACCGUGACCAUCUCCAGCGCCUCCAAGCACCAGAUCAAGAGUGACGACCUGGAUCGCUUUGUCAUGGUGUCCAGGACGGUGCCCGACGACACCAAGCAGCUGGCCUCCUCCGUGGGGGGUAAUGCUGAGCUGCUUUUUAGACGAGCACCCACCAUGAACGGGUCCUCCUACCCCAGGGGUGGUACACCCGAGGAGGCCGUCAUCCACCCUCUAACCUCUCCACCCUCAGAUAGUGAUAACUACAGGGGCCACACCAAGCCCUUUCCUGUGCCCUCCAGCCAAGACAAAGGCAACAUGAACAAUAGUGAGAAGUGUGUUAAGAGCUGGAUGGAGGACUAUGACUACGUCCAUCUGCAGGGAAAAGAGGACUUUGAGCGUCAACAGAAAGAGCUCCUGGAGAAAGAGAACAUCAUUAAACAGAGCAAGGUGCAGCUGGGACAGGAACAGAUGAACCAGUUCAAGCAAUUGGAGCAAGAGGUGAUCAAACCAGUGGAGAACGACAUCACACAGUGGAUCUCCCACCAGCACCCGACAGGCCCCUCCUCCUCCUCCCCGUCAGACACCUCCUCCUCUCCCUCCCCCUCCCUGACAGGAGGCAGGGCCCAGCUGUGUGGGCGGGACCGUCAGCUGCUGGGCUUCUACGCAGAGCAGUGCCAGCAGCACUUUGUCACGUUGCUCAAGGCCGUGGACGCUUUCUUCGGCUGCGUGGGCGCUGGCCAGCCGCCCCGCAUCUUUGUGGCACACAGCAAGUUUGUCAUCCUCAGCACUCACAAACUGGUAUUUAUUGGGGACACUUUGUCCAGGCAGGCAGCCACGCCCGAGGUGGCCAACCGGGUGAUGAACUCUAGCAAUGUGCUUUGCGACCUGCUGAAGACUGUGGUGGGAGCCACUAAGACGGCCGCGUUGCACUACCCCAACACAGCCGCCGUUCAGGACAUGGUGGACAGAGUCACGGAUCUCUCACACCACGCUCAACAGUUCAAAGAACAGCUGCUGCAGAUGGCUGCUUUGUGAUUGUUUGUGUUGUCACUACCUGAUCCCUUCUAUUGCACCAUAGCAUCCUAUGUGUAAAUACCGUAUAUAUCUAUAUGUGUAUAUUGCUCGUUGUUAAUCUUAAGAGUUUUUUUGGGGGGGGGCUGUUCUGUACAUAUUUGGCUCUAUUUUUGUGUAGAAUGUUUUUAUAUACAGUAUCAGUCAAAAGUUUGGACACACCUACUCAGUCCAGGGUUUUACAUUAUUUUUUACUAUAUUCUACAUUGUAGAAUAAUAGUGAAGACAUCAAAACUAUGAAAUAACACACAUGGGAUCAUGUGUUAAACAAAUCAAAAAACUGUUAAACAAAUCAAAAUAUAUUCUAUAUGUGAGAUUCUUCAAAGUAACCACCCUGUGCCUUGAUGACAGCUUUGCACACUCUUGGUAUUCUCUCAACCAGCUUCAUGAGGUAGUCACCUGGAAUGCAUUUCAAUUAACAGGUGUGCCUUGUUAAAAGUUCAUUUGUGGAAUUUCUUUCCUUAAUGCAUUUGAGCCAAGGUAGGGGUGGUAUACAAAAGAUAGCCCUAUUUGGUAAAAAAACAAGUCCAUAUUAUGGCAAGAACAGCUCAAAUAAGCACAGAGAAACGACAGUCUAUCAGGUGCUCCUCUCUCUUUUGUUUGGGUUUCAACCCUGUGUUUUUGUUAAGUGUUUGUUUCGUCUUCGUCCCCAUGUCUUUACACAGCACGCCGUAAUUUGAUGCUUAAUAAAAAAAACGAUUACGCAUUCCUGCGUCUGUCUCCCGAGUCAUUCGUGCCAACGUGACAUCCAGGCUAUGUAAGGGCUAUUUGACCAAGAAGGAGAGUGAUGGAGUGCUGCAUCAGAUGACCUGGCCUCCACAAUCACCUGACCUCAACCCAAUUGAGAUCGUUUGGAAUGAGUUAGACCACAGAGUAAAGGAGAAGCAGCCAAUAAAUGCUCAGCAUAUGUGGGAACUCCUUCAAGACUGUUGGAAAAGCAUUCCAGGUGUAGCUGGUUGAGAGAAUGCCAAGAGUGUGCAAAGCUGUCAUCAAAAUAUAAACAUUAAAUAUAUUUAGUUUUGUUUAAUACUUUUUGGUUUACUACAUGAUAUGUGUUAUGUCAUAGUUUUGAAAAUUGUAAAAAUAAAGAAAAACCCUUGAAUGUGUAGGUGUGUCCAAACUUUUGACUGGUACUAUAUUUAAUUAUUAUAUAAAUAUAUAGAUAAGAUAUAUGUGUCUUUUAGGGUGAUUUGGACAUAUUUUCGUAACAUUCCCGUUUCAUAUAUUAUAAAGCACCUAAUGAUGAUGACAUCCUUUUGGUUUUUUUACCUGUAGAUUGUUGAGGCACCCUACUGCUGGAAAUGACGCCAGUGCUUUGUGAAAAUCGUUUGAUGUCGCACUCUUGUGUUGAAAGGGGGCAGGGCUCUCAACAGACAAAGUAAAGGACUGUUCUUACCCAUA